GGCUUUGAAACGGAGAUGAGCAUCGCCCCCUAGAGUCGGGAACGACUAGCACAUAUGUGUGAGGUGAACCUUUAGGAUGAGAACAGAGAACAUCUGAAGAAUCUACUCGGGGCUUAAGGAGUACGUACGGGGGUUGCAUUUCAGCAUCUUCCUCCCAAGUUAUUUUGCUCCAACUUUCAGGUGAAUUAAGAAUGUGAGGGGAGAAAACGAGAGUGUGGUAGUAGCAAAGAAGGCGUUGCAGCACCUCAUGAACAAGAGCAGUCUAUCUGAGCUGCUAGCUAGGCCCUGCAGUUUCAAUCACAACCCUUUUCAAGUUGUGGUCUUCGAACUCUCACUAGGCUAAACCUGACUCACAAUGAACUAGUUUGGGAUAAUGUGCGUUGUAGUAAAGCAACAUUUAAAGAACCAAGGCUCGUUUUUUAAAAAAACAACGUAAGAAAAAUGCAAAACACAAGUUCUUUGAUAUUUGCCAAAAGAAAUUGGGACACAUUUGUUAACUCUACAGAAUUCUGGGGAUUGUGUAUGAAAACAGGCAAAAUAUAGGCAACAUAACAGUGUUCAGGGGGAAAAAAAACUUUCUGUUCUGGAGAUAAAAGUGUUUCCUUGUCUGAUUUCAAAAAAUGACACUCUGGCUGAUUCAGGGGCUUCUCCGAAAUUGUUGCCGCAAUGUGACCACAAUGCUGAGUGUCCUUUGUAGCUCCCUCUAAAUGUCGACACACACAACGUUGCAUGACAUGUGUGUUUACAUAAACAAAAAACACCGCCUAGUCUUUCUUAAGCGGCUAGAUUAAGAUCUUAAAAGACACUGAUUUCUCCCGUCUGAUCCUCCUCUACAUUCUUUCGGUUUUCCAGGAUGCCAAAUGUGGAAAGAAAAAGAAAAAAAAAACAAGACUCAACUCAUUCAAUACGCAAAAGCAAACAGCCAAAUGCACUACAAGGAGACCGACAAUGUAGCAUUUCCGUUGUUUUUUUAAUAAUAAUAAUAAUAAUCAAGGAAGUAACAAAACAUUAAAGUUCCCAGAAAGGGCCAGGGACGAUUUCUCCUACUCUGCAGUUUAACUCGUCCUUUGAACAAGGACGAGUUUGGAACUAGGAAAUCUUAUUCAUGCAAAAAUAUGUCUACUGCUCACAGAGAAAGAAGCUGUCUCCUUUAGUGGUCGGUCCUUUGUAUUUAGUUUCAUCCAAGUGGAAAGUUAGGACUUGCCCUGAACAAGAAAAGAAUCCGUUUUCCUUGCAAAUGAUGCAAAGUUGAACAGCAAUCGAUACUCAAAUUGCGAAAGGAUACGGUUUCAUGUAGUCCCGAAGGCAGAAAAUGAAGAGGAAAGGCAGAAGCGCUAUUAGGAAACAGCAGGACUCCUGUGAUGUGUGGCUGGAUCCUUCAGCACUCAAAAGACGCAAGGAUGUUGCCGCUAAGCCAGUCUUCACUCUCCUGGGCCAGGACUCCCGUCCUGCGGCAGUAAUUGGAUUUCCUCGUCCACGCACUAAACAAACCACUAUUUCUACUUUCUUCACUGCUCAGAAAGCAGGGGACAAGACCACAGACCCAAGCAAGCAGUUAACGACCUCCGCAUCCAACAACGUUGUCAAUCUAAAAGACUCUGAAUGGCGUAGAGGGAAAAAGACCAGGGCUCCUGUCCUUCAACCAUCAAGCCUGCAGGACUGCCAAAGACAGCCUGCAAAGGCAACGGACGUUUCCGGUCUUUUCUUUUGCAGUCCUCUCCCCGCUCGAGCCCAGAUCCACACCAGCACCCCUCUUGUUGCUCGGAAGGAAGAUGCCGUAACAGAAAGGGGGGCUUUUCUAACUACAGAUCUCAUUCAGCACUUGGAAGAAAAGGGGCCCCUUCGGCAGCAGUUGGCUGCGGAGUCCCCUCUGAGAGAGAAAAAUGAUGGCUGGCAAAAAGAAGAGAGCCCCACUUUGUUUUCUCAGAGAUGCCCAAGUUUUAAAAUAAUUCUGAACCAAAGAAUGGAUGGGGGGAAACGGCGCAGACCCCCUUCAUCUUGGGCCAGCCCUACAUUUGUGGACGACUCUGAAAAUAUGGAUCCUGAAUUGGAAGGAAACCUACCGGAAGCAGCAUAUUUGGAUUUCAACCUAACUGGAUUCUGUAGAAGGAAUAUGGAUGCCACUAGCUGUGAGAACAGCGCCCCAGCCUCAACUCAGCGGCUGUUCACCCAGGACUCCGAGGGCUACAGAGUGAUUUUGCACCGCCUUGGAGGAGAAGGAAGCAAGCCGUCCUUGUCAAAGGAGCCCUGGUGGGGCAAAAGGACCCCUGUAGGAAGCUCCUUCAAUGAGAAGAGCUGCUUUAGGGAGGGUUGGGCUGGAGACAGAAGCCCCCCUGGGUCUCUGGGCAGGCGCAGCCUUCCUCCUCUGACAGAACGUAGUGAAAAGUCAUGUUACGACUUGCUAUUCACAGAGGAUUCAGAAGGCAAUAGAGUCAUUAAACACUAACAUCGUAAUUGCUGUGUGAUAGCUUGGUGCCUCCUUACAAAACAAACCUGGCUUAAAGGGCCCUUUUUGUAUAUUGCCUGUGGCUGUGUGUCGCAUACCUAAACCUGUUUUGUUCAACAUGCUUUCUUCGGUGUGUGUGAGCUAAUAAAAGAAACCGAGGAAUGCAAUCUUAAUCCUGGUGUUCUAUCUAGAAAGACGUCCGGCUGCUCUAGAAUUGUUCCACGAGAUGAGAUUCGACUAGCUUUCAUUCAGGUAGCUUAAAGGUCGGCUAAGAAGGGCUGAAGCUAGAGCCAUCAGCCACAGCACUGCUUAAAAGUUGGUAUCGCUGACCAGUCCUCGCUGCUUUAAAAUGGAGGGCGGGGGUGGGAAGUGUCUUAAAAAAAAAAAAACAGACCUGCCAAGCUGCACAGCUAGUGAACCUGACCCCCUGCAAUUUCAGCAAGAUCCAGCAACAUGGGUCUACUUCUCUCGUGCCCCUUUAGGCGAUGUUUUAAGACUGGAACACCAGUUUGUAAGUUUACAAAGAACUCCCCUCAAUGAGUAUGAGCAGGACUCACAGUUGUUCUGCCACAAUGAGAAUCUGAUGCUGUCCAGAGGCUUUGGAUUUGAAUGCCCCUCAGGCUAGUGGCAAGUGCUAUUGGGAAUGGUAGCCUAAAAUGACUGGAAAGUACCAGGUUGUCUACAUCUGGCUUUACAGUAUCUUUAAAAUAACUCAAUAGAAUAUUAAUAUCAACAGCGAGAAAAGAAUGGGUAAAAAGUAGAAACCUGUUUUGUGAGCCAUGGGAAAGAGAGUGUUAUAAAUUCCCUGAGGGUUGAAGUUAGUGAUUUAAACCAUCGUGGUUCUCCUAGAUAACAGUGGCAGCAUCACAAACUAUCAUGCUACAAUUGCUGCUGACAAAGGACCAGCCAGUGCUCAAAAGGCUUUUAAAAUAUACUGCAAAAAACUUUUCCACACUUUUGCCCUUCUACAAAUUGCCAGGAGGUUCUGAAAGAAUAUUUAUUAGUGGUAAUAUUUUUAAACAUGCAGACAAGCCCUAGAAAAAGACCUUCCCCUUGCUUUUAAAAAAUGCCAUGGCCUGAUGCUACACUCAGAGUCCAAGGAGUUAUUUUGCAAAUUCUUGGGGGGAGGGAAAUGGAGGGGCAGCUUUGAGGGUUCUUGGGUCACAGAUGCUUCACUAGAGAGAGAUGUUUGCAGAUGCAAAUGAAGAUGAACUGCAAAUAUCAUUAAAGCAGCUGUGCCACAACCCUAUGUGGGGAAAAAUAUGCUCUGCCUGGACCAAAACAUUGCAAAGCUGAUCCUCAUAAUAGGGUUUUAUUCUCCAAUGCUAGCAUAACAGAUGGGAUUGGGCUGACCAUCCCCACCAGUACUAAAGUAUCUGAUCAAAUUCACAGGUUAUUUUGCUGUCCUCCCACUGGAAACUUGACCAUGUGCUAUUCUUCCACUUGUGUGUUAAUUUAACCUGCUCCCCCCCCCCCCAGCUUAAAGCAAAGAGUGAGGCAGGCAGGUUGUUGUGUUCUGUCUCAACAAAUGAAAAAGAGGAAUUUUAGCUUUACAGAGCUGAAUUACAAGACGGUAGCAGCCUCAAUUCAAAGAUACUUUGGAGUGCACACAGGUGUGCUUCUCACAGGUGCCAGCAACUCCAACUCUGAUUUAAGGAAGUGUUAACAGCUGGACUCACAUCUACGUUCAAAUCUGUUAGUGUUGCACAGCUUUAGUGUACAGUAUGUCAUCAGCAACCAGAGUUUAAGUUCAAUACUUAGAUUAGAACGCUUGAUUCCAUCUUUAGGCAACUAUACGUCAGUUGUUCAAAGAAUGCUGGUUGUGGAGAGAGGCUGCAGAAAGUAAGAACUUUUCAGAAAUCUACAUUUACAAAACAAAAUCUUGGGAUUCAAAACAGUUUUAAGUAUUCAGGGGCUACAGGAUCUGCAGCAAGACUAUAAAAUGAAUUUCUUUUUUAAAUGAAAAGCAUCACUGUUGGCCACUGGCAAUUCCAACCUUAAAAGAAUCCGCAUUCACUGCUUCAGUUCAGAAUGUGGAAAAGUUUUACCUUUAAAAAAAAAUAAAAAUCGUUUGCCUGUGUGGAAAAACCCUAGCAAAAUGUCAGUUUCUCUCACUUAGUGUGUUCCUUUUGCACACAAGCACACAGGAAGCCUAACCCCUAAAGGAUAUUUAAUGUUCAAGGAAGGCAGCCACUGUAGAGAAAAACCUUAAGAAGCAUACUAAUAUAAGAAAUGAACAUAACUGUCA